AUGUCCGUGGUGGAUGAAAAUGGUGAAAACCCAGCAUGGGAUGCCAUUGGAUAUCACGUGGACAAUUAUGAGGACCCUUCUGAAGUCCCUCAAAAAAGGCCUCUUGAGAGGGGAAUGGUAGAAACUAUGCACGAAACUGAGUUAACCCUUGUGCAUUCCCUUGCCCAGAAAGGUAUUAAAGCUAGACUAGACCCCGGGGACAACCUCUUCAAAAUCGAAUGUGAUGUUGUAGUUGUUGGCUCUGGGUGUGGAGGAGGUGUUGCAGCUGCUGUGCUUGCAUGUGCAGGCCACAAGGUCAUUGUUCUUGAGAAAGGGAACUAUUUCACUGCUUCAGAUUAUUCUUCUUUAGAAGGCCCUGCCUGGGAGCAACUAUAUGAAGCAGGGGGACUCCUUCCGUCUACUGAUGGGGGAAAGAUUAUUCUGGCAGGUUCAACUGUUGGUGGUGGCUCUGCUGUUAAUUGGUCAGCAUCUAUCAAAACUCCGGAUGAAGUGCUUCGGGAAUGGGCUGAGGACUGCAAGAUCCCACUGUUUGGGAGCCCUGAAUAUCGUUCUGCAAUGGAUACUGUGUGUUUGAGAAUUGGUGUAACAGAGAAUUGUGUGGAGGAGGGUUUCCAAAACCAAGUAUUGCGAAAAGGGUGUGAGAAUUUAGGUCUUAAAGUUGAUUAUGUGCCACGAAAUUCAUCGGAGAAUCACUAUUGUGGAUCUUGUGGUUAUGGUUGUGCAAAAGGGGACAAAAAAGGGACUGAUUCUACUUGGCUUGUGGAUGCAGUGGAUCAUGGUGCUGUGAUCAUAACAGGAUGUAAAGCUGAGAGAUUCAUUCUUGAAGAGAACAAGAGUGGAAGCAAACGAGCAAAGAAAUGCAAGGGAGUUGUAGCAAAGACUGUGACCAAAAACAUCACAAAAAUGCUGCAUAUUGAGGCCAAAGUAACCAUCUCUGCAUGUGGGGCUCUUUUAACACCCCCUCUAAUGAUAUCUAGCGGAUUGAAGAACCGUAACAUUGGCCGCAACCUUCAUCUCCACCCUGUUGUUAUGGCCUGGGGAUACUUUCCAGAAUCAAAUACAAUGCUCAAGGGUAAAAGCUACGAGGGUGGAAUAAUCACAUCGGUCAACAAGGUGGUAGGAGAAGACUCAAAUAUUGUAAGAGCCAUUAUAGAAACUCCAGCAUUAGGGCCUGCAUCAUUUGCCGUUUUAUGUCCUUGGGAAUCUGGCCUAGACAUAAAGAAAAGGAUGGUGAAGUAUGCAAGAACUGCUCAUUUGAUUACCAUAAUUAGAGACUCGGGCUCUGGAGAUGUUAGGGUGGAUGGAAGGAUAAACUACAGAGUAGAUGCAUCAGACGGAGAAAACCUUAGGGCUGGGUUAAAGCAGGCAUUGAGAAUUUUGGUAACAGCCGGGGCUGUUGAGGUGGGCACCCAUCGAAGUGACGGUCAGAGACUCAAAUGCAAAGGAAUUAGCGAAAAAGAAGUGGAGAUGUUUCUGGACACGGUAUCUACUGCAGAAGGGCCAUUGUCACUUGUGCAGAAUUGGACACCACUUACCUCUGCCCAUCAAAUGGGUAGCUGUAGAAUGGGGAUUGAUGACAAAGAAGGAGCGGUUGAUGUGAAUGGGGAAAGUUGGGAAGCAAAAGGCCUCUUCGUUUGUGAUGCUAGUGUUCUGCCAAGUGCUGUUGGUGUCAAUCCCAUGAUCACCAUCCAGUCAACUGCUUACUGCCUUUCAAAGAAAAUAGCCGAGUCCAUACAAAAAGUACCCUUCUAA